AUGGAUCCCCCUGCAUCCUAUGCUCACCAAGCCUUGCAGCAGCACACCAGUAUUGCAGAGGUUGAUUUGGAAAGCCAACAGUUACUGCUGCACAGCCAGAGCCCGAGCCAGAGCGUGGAUGUAGACGAAAUUGUGGCGGAGAUACCAUUGGGGGACGUUGACAUUGACAUUGACGUUGACAAAACUGAAGAAGACGAAGAACUUGGUCUGGAGGACGACGAUGAUAGUGCUGCCAGUGACAGUGACGACGGUGAGGACGAGGAGUCCAGCAGUGUGGAUUCGGAAGAAGCCAAAGAAGCUGCCAUUCGAGCUGGUUUUCUGGCCGUCGUUUUCAAUUUUUUGGCCAAGUUGUGGAACCGCUGUUGUCGGGGCAAACAACACGACGACACGGGGCAGGACGUGUCAAGAGAUACUCUAGAUGUGGCAAAUCAGCAAAUGGGACAGCCAACUACUACUACUACCGGUACUGUCAACAGUGCGGGAGGCACUGGAGGGGAAACUGGAGUUCCCACGGGAGUUACGCCAACAACAACUCCAGUACCACCACCAGGCGUUGCGGAAAUGGCCACUGCAGCGGGAAACACGGCUGCCACGGGGGUGGCAAGCGGCACAGCUGCUGCCGGGGCAAUCACAGGGGCAGCAGUAGGCGGGUUGACUCUCGCAGGGGCCAUCGCCGGUGCUGGCCUUGCCACUCAAGCAGGGAUUGCAGUGGGUGUUGGCACUGCGACCGCUGUAGCCGUCUCCGCAGGUGUUGCGGUCACCGUAGCAACCACGUCUUCUACAGAUGCAACCAAUAUAACAAUCGCUUCAGAUGUUCCAGUCCUACCAAUCUCCAGCUUUUUACCACCUGCCUGCUCCAAUGCUUCCAACGAGAAAGUUGGUUAUGUCGAACUCAGCCUACAAGCCCUACCACCCGAUGCCAUUGGAACAAGGAAGUGGGUCAUGGAAGAAAUGUUCAGAGACAUCUACAACGAAAUCACUGGCAUGUGUCUGGAUCCCAUGGCCAGGCAGGUUUUGGAAGCCAGUGGGGAAGCAGAUGUGCAGGUCUUGUUGGAUUGUGCUGCCAACCCCACAUCUUCUUUGGAGUGCCAAGAACUCUUGCCUGAAUUAUUGGGCACUUCAGCCCAAGUGUCCAAUGUAGAUGAACAAGAGGUGGUACAGCAAGAGGAAACGCCUCAGGACUUUAGUGGGGCUGCAGUGAAUCAAGACUCAACAGCAAGCCAACCAACUACGGCUGAUACUCCUAUUGCAAGCCCUUCUGCUUUUCAGACUACGUCCUUGGUUCCUACUAGGGCCAAUGAUGCAUCUUCCUUCAACCCAGACGCUACAAAUACUCCAACUGGUGAUAUUGCUCCUGUCAUGAACCCAACAAGCUACAGCCCAUCAGCACAAGCUCUUGUGCCUUCCCCUACAGGCCCGUCGACCAAUAUUGUGGCUCCUUCAAUACCUGCAACUAUGUCUCCUCAGUCAGUGCCCGCAGUCCCCAGCAAAGCAUCAGCCCUAAUUGACAGCUCUCCUGCGCCAACAUCGGCGUUUGAUGCUCCUGGUACAACGACACAACCAACUUUAGCUCAGUUGCCGCCAACGGUUGGUACUACACCAACACAGAAUCUACCUCCAGCAACACAACUCACUCCUGAAUCAUCUCCAGGUGCCACAGGAAGCCCAACUGAUAGUCCAGUAACAACUACCACACCAGUACCUUCAGGCUCCUCAGCCUCUCCUGGAAAUCCAAUGGCAACUACUACUCCCGGAAAUCCAGUCGCCACUACAGCACCUGUGCCUCCUGGUUCCACAGCACCACCUGGAAUUCCCGUCACAACAACAACAAUCUCCCCUGGCUCCUUGGUGUCUCCUGGAAAUCCAGUUGCCACAACUACCCCAGGAAAUCCAAUAGCCACUACUACUCCAGGAAAUCCAGGAACCACACCUGUUCCUGCAGAAGCAUCAACAGCUCCCCCAGGCACCACCGGUGCCACACCUACUCCUGUUAUCACUCCUGGGGGUCCAGACCGAUCCACUCCUAAUCCAAAUCCCACCCCUCAUGCACUACAGAACCAAACACCACAACCAAUCCCAGAUCCAACCCCCAACCCCGCACCGCAGCCCAUACCAGAUCCUACUCCCAACCCUACACCGCAGCCCACACCCAAUCCGACACCUGAGCCCACACCAAAUCCUACUCCAGCACCAACAUUUCAGCCUACCCCAGACCCAACUCCACAACCAACAGAGGCACAGACACCCAGCCCCGCAACCGUCGCUCCUACCAUCAACCAGAUACCAGAACCGACACCACAACCUGUCCCCAAUCCUACUGUUCAGCCAUUGCCCACCACAACGCAACCAACUCCAGUCCCAAACCCUACUGCCCAGGAGUGCCCUCCGCCAUUGGUGAAUUCCAUUUCAACAUACUAUGUCUUUUUUGAAAAUGAUGUUUCGGCGGUGGAUGACAACACGCUGAUCACAGCAUUUAGGAGUGGCUUUGAAGCUAUCCCAAUGCAGGUUUGUGCCCCAAUCCUCAACACGGUAACAGUCCAAAGCAGGAGUCAACGAAGAAGGCUGCAGGUAAUUCAGACCAUAAGGUUUCAGACCAGCAGUACCCAAACUGAAGGCACAAUACUUAUUGACACAACAGCAGACAGCCUUGCUUUUCUAGAAGGAUUCAAUAGUGCUUUGAGAAUGCAUUAUUAA